AUGUCGAAAGUUCUACUAUCAUAUUUGUUCAAAACAAAUUUAGCGAUAUUCCGUUCGGCUAUUCUCGAAGAGAAUACGGAUAAAAUCUGUCGAGUUUUGGACUUCGAACGCGACCUUCUUACUAAAGACAUUGAUAAUGAAGGAAAUACAGCGCUUUUAUUAGCUGUGGAACAUUCAACACCGAUAAUCGUUCGUUUAUUACUUGACCAUGGUGCUGUACCUGAUCAAACCAACACAAUUAACCUCAGAACUCCACUCGGCAUCUUAGCGUCGAAAGUUUACGAUGAUUAUCAAUCACACAAAGCACAGAAAACACUCGAAAUGGCGAAAAUUCUCUUGGAGUACGGCGCAUAUGUCGAUAAACCAAUUCCGUAUAUAUACAAAGAUGAAGCGAGUGCAGAUUAUUCAGGCAAAGAAACGCCAUUGAUGAUCGCAGUACGAAAAGGUAAUUUACCUUUGGUUAAAUUAUUAAUUGGCAAGAAAGCAAAUGUUAAUUACGUUGAAAGACAGUCCGGUGUUCGUCCAAUUCACUAUGCGAUAUCAAAUGGCGAUGAAAAAAUGUUCGAUUUACUCGAUACUGCUGGUGCUUUGACUCCUUCGAUUGUAAUGACAGGUGAUAAUACGUUAUUGCAUUGGUUUUGCUAUCGCAAGGAAAACGAUGCGCACAUUUCGAUCUUGGAAAAAUUAAUUCAAAAAGGAUUUGAUAUCAAUGCGCAAAAUUUACAACAACGAACGCCAUUAAUGGUCGCAGUUCGAAAUGAUAUGACAAAUGUGUGUCGAGUUUUGAUCCAGAACAAUGCGGAUAUCGAUAAAUGUGAUUAUAACGGAAAUAAAGCAAUUGACUUAUCGAUUCUGGGGAGUGAAUGUUGGAAAAUUCUGCUUCAUAUCACCCAAACGGAGAAGUAUAAAUUACGAUUACGAGAUAAUCCAGUGGAUAAACCUCGAAAUACGAUCAUUCGUAAACAAAAACUCGAUCUCACUCGACGACGUACAACAGAACUAUCUGAUAUUAAUAAUACAACUGAGACAAGAAGUGAAGCGAGCACGUCGAGCGAAGAUAAAGUCAAAGAUUCGCCAAUUCUGUCCAGUAACCAUACGAAUAAAAUCAUCAAGAACGAAAACGAAAACGAAAACGAGAAUUCUUGGCGAAGUUCAUUUCGAAACAAACGUAAACAACUCUUAUCAAAUAAAUUUCGUAAACAACGUGCUCUAUCAGUGGAUACAGAAAAUGCAACUCGACUGUAA